AUGAGUAAAGUUGCCGAAUACGCCUUCCAAGGUGUCACCUUCCUCUUAUUCGGGGUGUGGUGGACUACACAGAUCCUUCGCCGAUACUAUAGAGGCCGACUUGAACGGGGUCCUACUUACAUGUCUUCCCUUACAUUCCCCUGCUGCUGCCACCGGGCAAAGCAUUGGCAGCUAGAAGGGAUACUCAAGCUGCUGUUCUCCAUUUCCUUAGGUAUAACAUCAUUGGUGGCAGCCUUCCUCUCCAGGGAGGCGGAUGGACAACUUAACCCCAGCAUUGUGAAAUACCUCGUAGUCGCCUUCUUCUUCGGGUUCAGUGGAGUAAUAGACAUUAUCAUGGUCGCCCAUAAGACGUUCUUACCACGGAAUACUGACUAUGUCUUCUUCCUUUUAGCUUUCCUUGCACAAGGGUUCCUGCAGUACAACAGUUUGUAUGGAACUCCUAUAGUAGAGGAACAGCUCCAUCUGUUAAUCGUCUACAUCUGCUUCGGCACCGCGUUAUGCCUUUUGGCAGAAAUGCGAUGGCCGAAAAACGUCCUUUUCGCUUUAGGUCGUGCCUUCUUAGUUCUACUGCUCGGAACCUGGACAUUCCAAAUCAGUGCCAUUUUGUGCAAUCCAAUGCCUAUGAAAGUGUUCAACUGGGAUAUGAAGGACCCCAAACUAUUACUAAGCGUGACUGAGAUGUUUGCUUGUCAUGUGUGGUUCAUUUUCAUCGGGAUGGUUUUGGUUGCUGUUAUAUUUCGCCGUCUCGCUGCCAGUGGACCUUUGCCUCCUGAAAGGGAGGACGGGGCCAUGACGGAGCUGAUACCGCGGGGUGAACGGAAUGGUCAAGAUGAUAGUCACCUGUAUGAGAUUUCUGACGAUUAA